UUCUAGAGCCAGUCAGUUUAGGGCAGAUCGUGACAAGAGGCAGCCAUGUCCUGCGUCUCACUCAUGUCGUUUGUUGCUCUUGUCCUGCUUCUGGCAACUUCUGUAGCAGACUCGGCGAAUUCACCCCAGGUUGCUUCAAGAAAUGGGGUGAAGAUCGAAGCUUCCCCGAACCAGAUAUACGUAGAACUUACAGAUCAGCUGACAGUCAACUGCACAUGCGCACACGAACAGAACUCAAACUUCAGUACUAUUGUCUCACUCAUUCUCUCCAAGACAACUGCAACUAAUAGUUCGACAUACAGGGAGCUUGCUUCUAUUACGGCGUUUUCGGACGUAAAAGUACAAGAGAAAGACACGAUGGGAGCCCACGUGACCAGCAACCACAUGGCAGACCAGUUUUCCUUCAUCUGCUUAGAGUGGACCGACCCUUCUCGCCAGGUGGCGGGCAAGUACAGGUGUGAGGCUCACGGCAUGGACAAAGGGGGACAUUUCUUGACCGCGAUAGCCGACACAGUGGUGGAAGAAAAAGUAGCCGGCACAAGCGCGAUUCUAGGGAAGGUGAAGGAGAUGAGCGACGGGAUGAACGAAUUGGACAGAAAGAACAAAGAAAUAGACUCCAAAGUGAAUGCACUGGACAUGAAAAACAAAGAAAUGAACACAAAGAUGAAUACCAUGGAAGCCAAUGAUGGGAAAGUGGAUUCCAAAUUGAAAGAAACGGAAAUCAAGAUGAAUGCAACCGAUAUGAAGGACACAGAAAUGGAAGCAAAGAUGAAAAAAAUGGAGAAAAAGAUUAAUGAAACGGACAUUUUGGAUAAAGAAAUGGGUGGAAAGAUGAAAGAGAUGGAGAGGCAGAUGAAUGAAACGGAUAUAAACGACAGAGAAAUGAACGCAAAGAUUAAAAAGAUGGAAGCAAAUAUGAAAGAAACGGAGAGAGAACUUAAUGAAACGGACAUAAAAGAGACAGAAAUGGAUGCAACGAUGGAAGAAAUGGAGAGAGCGAUGAAUGCAACGGACGAAAAAGAUAAAGAAAGGGACGCAAAGAUGAAAGAAAUGGAGAGAGAAAUUAAUGAAAUGCAUAUAAAAGAGAAAGUAAUGGACGCAACGAUGGAAAAAAUGGAGAGAGCGAUGAAUGCAACGGAUGAAAAAGACAAAGAAAGGGACGCAAAGAUGAAAGAAAUGGAGAGGAAGAUGUCGGAAAUGGACGUUAAGGAGAAAGAAACGGAGAGAAAGUUAAAUGACUUUAAAAAACGUGUGGAUGACUCCAUAUCCCCCCUCCUUCACGCGUCGACAAACGAUCGUGGCCGCCACUAUUUACUUUCUAAAAAAACAUCCGUCUAUGUCUUUGAGGCAAACCGCCUAUGUCAGCUUCACGGUGGAUAUUUGGCGGAAGUUAACGACUGGCAUGAAUUUUACUUCCUCGCUAAUUUUGUCCACACUCACAGUUACGAUUAUACCUAUGCCAUGCUUGGUGCCUCGGACGAAGGUCAUGAUGGGAGGUGGACAUUUCUCACCUCACGUACAGGAAUGUCUACUUUGGUGUGGGCUAACCAUGAACCGGACGGGGGAACGACAGCAAAUUGUCUGUUCCUCGGCGCUGGAAUGCAGCGAAUGUAUGAUGGCCAGUGUCAUGAGUACUCCUCAAGUUGGGAGGUGCGGUUUUUGUGUGAAGUUCCAGACUGAUUGUCAAAACAUUGGAUAAGGUGAUGGUCACUCCUGAAGAGGAAAAAAAGUGAAUUAAAUUGUUUAAAAUUUUGA